AGUAAUAAUUUUUAUAAUUAAAUAAUAUUAUUCUUCUAAACCCUAAUGGAAACUUUAAAGGAUGAGCAAACUACAUUAUUUGACCAUACUGCACCACAGUAUGAUCAAAGUAGCUAUUGGGGUAGAGUACGGACCUUAUUCAGCAGUCAAAACUCCUUCAACUUCUUCCUCUCAAACAAGACGUGCAUCGAAGCAAAGCAUCUUGUAGACGAGCUAAAUGAGAACAGGGAGAAGGGAUUUAUAGCCACAGAACGGACCCAAGCUGAGAUUAAGAAGAUCCAUAGAGCUAAGAACAUAGUUGCUUCCUCAUACCACCCAGAUACGGGUGAGCUCAUCCCUAGACCUAUGAGACUUUGUUCAUAUGCUGCAAUGUCCAUACCAGUCCAGUUCGGAUUGCUUCUUUCAAAGCCAACUCCUUUCAAUAUAAUAUUUUGGCAAUGGGCCAAUCAGACUUAUUCAGCCGGAGUGAACUAUGCGAACAGAAAUGCCUCCAGUAGCCUUGACAACAAGGGACUUUUGAUGGCUUAUAGUGCUGCUGCCACAACCUCGGUAGGAAUUGGACUUGGAAUGAGACAGCUUCUCUCCCCGAUCGCAAGUAGCCUCAAAGGACCAAGCAAGCUCUUCAUCAACUUUUUCAUCAGCCUUACUGCAGUUGGAUCAGCCGGUUCUUUAAAUCUACUAAUUAUGAGAUCUAAAGAAAUUCGUGAAGGAAUAACUCUCGUUGAUUCUGAAGGAAACGAAAGAGGCAAAAGCAAGACAAUAGGAUGGAAAGCUGUGACCAGUACCGCUAUGACCAGAUUAUUGAUGCCAAUUCCUCCUCUCCUGCUUCCAACCAUUACUUUUUACUACAUGGAGAAGAGAAAUUUGGUCCCAAAGAACAAGUAUGUUAAGGCUGUAUGAGAUGCUACAAUCUUCUUUGCAUACCUCUCAUUAGGUCCUCCACUUGCUUGUGGAGUUUUCGAGCAAACUGCACGGACCGGAGUCUCUUCCCUUGAGUCUGAAUUCCAAGGACUGAAAGAUACCAAGGGAAAUGAUAUCAAUGAGCUCUAUUAUAAUAAAGGAUUGUAG